UGCAGCCUGGCCAAGCAGCGCUCCCUGGAGGAUGAGGAGGAACGGGAGCGUGAACGCCGGCGGCGACAUCGCAACCUGAGCACCACCACUGACGAUGAGGCCCCCAGGCCCACCCAGAACGGAGGACGGACCCCUUCAGAGAGGUUGCCAAGUGUAGAGGAAGCAGAGGCCCCUGCGAGACCACCGCAAGCCACCAAAGAUGAGGAUGAAGACUUCCAGGCCAUCCUCAGGUCAAGGCGGGAGCGGCGGCAAAGGCGAGAGGUGGUGGAAGUUGUACAGGCUCCAAUCCAGGAGAGGCUGAAGGAAGAGGGUGAUGGAGACCAUUCAGGGUCUGGGCAGGAACCGCUGGUGCCCAAGAAGGAGCUGGAGGCCCCACUCCGCCGGAAGCUGAGCCGGGGGCAGCGGGGCCCCUGGGUGAAGGAGGAGGAGAGCUCAGUAGGCAGAGAGCCAGAGGAGGGGAAGAAGGAAGUCCUAGAGAAGAAGACCCCAGUCUCAGAGAAAACCUCUGUUUCAGAGAAGACGUUAGCAUUUGAAAAGAGAUCAGUCUCAGAGAAAACCACUUCAGAGAAGAAGACGCCCUCUCCGGAGAAGACGCUCUCUCCGGAGAAGACCUCUGUGUCAGAGAAAAUAGCAGCCUCUGGGAAGAAAUUAGUUCUGGAAAAAACGAGUGUCUCAGAGAAGAAGGUGACACCAGAGAAAUCAGCAGGCUCGGAAAGGAGACUGGUGUCUGAAAAAGCAUCCAUCUUUGAGAAGGCCACGAGCCCAGAGACCAAGCCAACGACCUUCAAGAGGACAGUAGUCUCCAAGCAGCCCCAGGCCCCAGAGCAGCUGUCCUCCGAGGGGCCUCAGCCCACUAGAGAGCAGAGGGGGGCCCUCCCUGAGAAGAGCUUCCCUCCCUCAGUAGAGCCAAGAGAGCAGGAGGAGUCGAACUCUCCAACCUCGGCCUCCCGAUUUCAGCCCAUCACACUCCAGGUGAAAAUCCCCAACAGGGAGGAAGAAGAAGCAGACAUAACCUCGCCCACCCAGAUCACCUACAGCAGCUCCCUCAGACGCUCCAGCUCCAGGACCAUAUCAUUUCGGAUGAGUCCCAGGAAGGACAACUCGGAAUCAACCUUAACUCGCAGUGCCAGCGUAAGGCUCCCGGCUAGCACAGUCAAGUUAGGAGAGAAGCUGGAGAGAUACCACACGGCAAUACAGAGAUCAGAAUCCGUCAAGUCUCCUGGCUCCUCCCGCACAGAGUUCCUUGUGGCUCCUGUGGGGGUCGCCAGCAAGCGCCACCUGUUUGAAAAGGGGCUGCCCAGCCAGAGUCAAGCAGAGCCAGCCUUCAGCCGGAAGGAGAACUUAAGACUCUCAGGGGUCGUGACAUCCAGGCUCAACCUGUGGAUCAGCAGGACCCAGGAGUCUGGCGAGCAGGACCCCCAGGAAAUGCAGAAGGAAUCGGCAGCCACGAAGAGAACCCAGUGGAGAAAGAAAUCCGACAGUCCCUUGGAUGCUGAGGUGUGA